AGUCAGUCAUGUAACGCGUUUCUAUAAGAGCUUCUUUUAAUUGAAGGUCUACCCACUUUUGCUGGGGGUUCAGCUUAGGAAAAAGAAGACACUGGAUAGGUGCAAUGUAACUCUUAGGGUCUUGGUGUUAUUAAACAUUUCUUUUGCCUAUAAAAAUACGCACGAAUUUCAGGUGAACUAGAAAAUUAAAAUUAUAACAUUCCAUAGUUAUAGCUAGUUAAUUUAGUAAAUACUAUAAUUCCUCCGAAAAUUUAUAGUUUGCUUCAGAUACAUUUCCGAACUAAUUAAAGAUAGACUUUUUGUUAAAUUAUAUACAUUGUGGUUUAAAAAAUGGUUUCAAUAUAUUUUUCCUUGUACUAUUUCAACCUAAUUAAUGACAGUCUCAUGUUUCAAAAAAUCAUUUUGAUAGGAACUGGAACGUCCAAUAAAACGAGAUGUUACUAAAGAAUAUCAAUGACACAAAAAUAGAACUGAUUGUUCAUUACUAUUUUUCUUGAUUAAGGCAACUUGCAAUUUCGAUGUGAUCAAUAUGUUCUUCAAUGUUUCUCCCGUCUUCGAACACAACUUUGUGCCACUGAACUCCAAAAUUAAAUAUUAUUGACUCGAUCUUCUAUAAUGUAAAAGUUUAUACAGAUAGGAUGUGUAAGAAUUUAAUAUUUAGAUUAUCACAAAUUUAAAGCACGUCCAUAACAGAUAUUAAAAUUGUAUAACUAUUUUUCACAGACUAAAAGAAGAAAAAGGAGCCACAAGUUACCCAAAGUCCAGCUUUGAGUCUAUCAGGGGUAACCAUUCACUAUGACCCAAAAGGUUACUGAAAUACCAGCACAUCUCCUGUGCUGCGUGGUCACCUUGUAUCUCUGCCUACUCCCGCCCACAGACAGUCAGAAACCAGCUCCGCCAUGUUCCUUCAUCUUACAAAACAACAAGACUAUGUUGGAAAAACUCGCAUACGACUUCGACAAGGAGAGCAGCACCGUGAUUCUAGAAUAUGCCAUCAGAUUUAGUAGCACGGACGAUGCUGAAGGUUUUAUCAAUCGAUCAAGUCACGAUACCUUUGAACCACUAAGGUAAGCCAUUCAAAUGUGAAUAUUUAUUUAUUAUGUAAAAAUAUAUCUGAUUGUGUCAACAAAUUUAAUUUACGUUUUACUUGUAAUCGAACAGAAGUGAUAUGACAUAUUCGUCUAUAUCUUAUGGGCCCACCAUCAAUGUAAUAAUUAUUCUGGCUAAUAUGUAUGUACAGGGGAUUCGCAAUGUUUCUGUGCCUGGUAUUGAAGAUGAAACUUCCCUGGUUGCAAGGGCUAUUUAUUGGGGGUACCAGGAACUGAGGAUUGGAAGAUAGGAGGCAAAUGUGUCAAGUGUUGUCGCCUCAAAUGUUCCUUUUUGGAAACUUGUUCCAGUCCCUAAUUGUCUUUGGCAGUAGUGAGCAGUUCCUGUACCGUGUUUUUAAAGUUAUAUGCCGAAACUGCCUUUCAUGGCCUCGGGCCUGUCUGGGGGAGGGGGGAGGAAGAGGUAAAAGUUUCUGUUUAAUGCUGGGGCAGUGGAGCAGACCAUUUUUUUAUUUUGUACAUCAUGGGGAGCCUGGAUAGUCGUAUUAGUUCCUCCAAUAGUGACCUGCGCAGUGUUUCAAGCUUGCUCCCAACACUAGAGGUGUUCCUGUAGCGGUUCAGGACAAAGCGUUUGCAACCUGGCGAUGCUCUUCAGGGUGAAUGGGUCCCAGACUGAAGAUGCGUAAUCUAAAAGCGGCCGGACAAAGACUUUACAGGCUUUUCUUUCACUAUGGAAUUGCCAAUCUUUAGAUUACGCCUUAUGAACCCUAGUGUCUUCUUUGCAUGGUUGAACAUAUUGUUAAUAUGCUCGUCCCAGCGGACCUCUCUAUGAAUGGUAACACCGGGGUACCUAAUGGAGGAAACUGGCUCAAACAUAUGGCCAUGCAUUUCAUAAUGUUGGUGUUGAGGGUAACUAUUUCUGGAGACUGGCAGGAUAAAAGUCCAUGUCCCAGGUCAUCUCCCACUUAACUAGCCGAGGAAGAUCCUAUUGUAGCUGGUUGUGGUCAGAACUGAUCACAAUCAUCCUAUACACCACCGUGUCGUCUGCACAAAGCCUUGCUUGGGAGGUCAGUUAUUUGCGUAGGUCGUUGUUUUAUGCUAGGAAUAAACAGGGGCCUAGCAUCGAGCCUAAUGGACCCCUGACUUAACACCGACAAAGGAUGAGAUUGUGCCAUCCGUCAUUACCACCUGACAUUGGCUGCUGAGAAAGCUUGAAAUCCAUGUUUUGGCGUUGCAUUUGAUCCCAUAUCUCUGAAGUUUCUAUAAAAGUAAACUAUUAUUGACACGGUCGAAUGCCUUUUAGAAGUCCAGCACGUCAGUUUGAUUUCUUUUUUCUUCAUUGGUGAUGUCCUCUACAAAGUCAUGGAGCUAGGUCAUAUGUGAUCUAUUGACCCAGAAGCCAUUCUUACAGUCUUUGACUAUAUUGUAGCUUUCACGAUGCUUUAUGACUGCUUACGUUAUGUGCUCCAAAAUUGUUCAUAUCACGAUUGUGAGGAAAAUCGGACGAUAGUUGGCAUGGUCGUAAUGCUCCCUAUGUUGUACUUUGGACUGACAUGCGCAACUCUCCUAUCUGUUGGAACAUUGCCUUUGCGCAGCAACGAUUGCAAGAUGAUGAUCAGUGUUGUCAGGGCUGAAAUCUGCCAGUUCCAAACAGGAAAGUUAAAAAAAUCCCCCACCCAUAUAAAGAAAAGCGUUCUUCAACAGUGUUGCACUCUCAAGUGUCACCUCAAGUGUCACCUCAAGUGUCACCUCAAGUGUCACCUCAAGUGUCACCUCAAGUGUCACCUCAAGUGUCACCUCAAGUGUCACCUCAAGUGUCACCUCAAGUGUCACCUCAAGUGUCACCUCAAGUGUCACCUCAAGUGUCACCUCAAGUGUCACCUCAAGUGUCACCUCAAGUGUCACCUCAAGUGUCAUCUCAAGUGUCACCUCAAGUGUCACCUCAAGUGUCACCUCAAGUGUCACCUCAAGUGUCACCUCAAGUGUCACCUCAAGUGUCACCUCAAGUGUCACCUCGAGUGUCACCUCAAGUGUCACCUCAAGGGUCACCUCAAGUGUCACCUCAAGUGUCACCUCAAGUGUCACCUCAAGUGUCACCUCAAGUGUCACCUCAAGUGUCACCUCAAAUGUCACCUCAAGUGUCACCUCAAGUGUCACCUCAAGUGUCACCUCAAGGGUCACCUCAAGUGUCACCUCAAGUGUCACCUCCAGUGUCACCUCAAGUGUCACCUCGAGUGUCACCUCAAGUGUCACCUCAAGUGUCACCUCAAGUGUCACCUCAAGUGUCACCUCAAGUGUCACCUCAAGUGUCACCUCAAGUGUCACCUUAUGCCUCCUCAAGCUUGGUUCAUCUGCUGUGUUGGGUCUGAAAUAAGGACAGACGUAAAGUGUGCGUCUCCUUUUCAUCUUCACCUUCACUUAAAGGACAAUAGCAUAAGUUCUUGCAGUCAUUGACAUCUAAUUCUGGAACAGCGUGACAGUACGUGUUGUCGUGGACAGCAACGAGUACUCCUACUCCUCUUUUUCUUCUGUCUUGCCGGAAUAGUUUGUAAUUAUCCGACACAAACUCUGCGUUGGCUAUUUAAACUAUGUUUCUGUUUCCAAGAUGUCGGUGUCUCCAUUUGUCGUGCUGACUGCAGCACAUAAGAGUUGAACAGUGUGGCGGCUGAAAACUUUGAGGGUCCAUUGGUGUGGAUCUUUAGGGAUUUAGGGAGAAAUAUAAUAAUGUAGAGUCUGCCCUUACACCAUAAAUAUCAAACAGUGUGGCUAUUCGGAAUUCUGCAGACUGUACAGUGCCACAUCAUGCCAAAAUUUUGAUCAUGCUGGUUGUAAUAGACUGUGUCGAUGUUUUGGCAUUGACCAUGGAACCAUUGCCAGCAUUUUCACAUUCAACGCCUCUGUCUUCCCACGGGACAGCAAGUCACAAGGACCUCAUAUUGUGAACAUCAGCGGGUAAAUGUGUAAAGUAAAAACGCCCAUAAAACAGGGCUGUAGAAAUGAAAGAGAUAUGACUGUAGUAAUAAAACAUAAACACAAACAGAAAAAAAAACUGAAUCUACCAAAUUAUGGAAACAAAUAUGUGAGAUUGUUGUUCUUAGUAAUAUAAUAUACUGAUUGAAAUAAAAUGUAAAUUAUAGAUGGAUUUCAAAAUGUAUUAAUUUUUGCUCAACAAGAUAAAAAUGGGGAACGUAGGAUGACAUUAAAAUUACCAGAAACAUUAGCUAAAUAAAUUAAUUUCAAAAUUAUUUUAUGUUUAAGUAAAUUAAACCAUUUUAAAUGAGAAAUUAUUCAAGAAAAUAUCUGUUUAAAAAGUAAAAUCAUAUAUGAAAUGAUCUUGAUCUAUUUAAAAAAUCAAUAACUUUUCAUAUAAAAAAAAUAUCUUUAAAAAUAAAUGUCAUCAUUAAACGCCUUAUUCCCUUGUUUAUUCGUACUCUAGAUGGUACAGAACCCAAGGAACACACAGCUCAGAAUUACUACUGUCCUACGAACUGUACUUUGGCUAUCUGAAACAUAUUUUGGAUUUAAACGUCAAGAAAGUGGACAUAGAGCUAAUGGUCAUACCACCUGGCUGUUUUAUGGAGGUAGAACAAGAGAAAGCUGAAGCACUUCUUGAAGACUAUCUCUUAAAAGGUAAGAUGUUUACUUGAAAAAGAGACAAUUAUUAUUAUGUUGAUACCCCAGCCUCAUACACUUGACAAGUUCAAAUAUUUUUAAUGAAAAUCGAAAUUGUUGGAAGUGACGAAAAUAAGGUUAUCGCCGACUAGUAAUGUCUAAGAUUACUACCCCAAAUUACUAUGAAGAAAUGCAGUGCUUUUCUGGACAUGCCACACCUCAAUAAUGGCAACGUUUCGUGGCAGGACCGUUGACAUAAGCCGCAUGCAUUAAGACUCGGGUGUAGCUCAAACGUAUAAUAUAUGGAGGGAUUCCAAUCAGAUCCCGUUGCCGGAUGGGAUCCCGUUUUCCUAUUGCUCCCGAUUCCAGGAGGUAUCCCGAUGGGAUCCCGAUCCCGUUUGAAGCCCUCUCGGUUUCCCGAUCCCUAUGGGAUCCCCGUUUCCUUGUGGAAUCCCAAUCCCGGUAGGUCCUGAUCCCGGUGGGAUCCCGAUCCUUUGGAGUCCAGAUACUGGCUGGAUUCCGAUACAGGUGGGAUCCCCAUUCCGUCAGCAUCACUAACCCUGUGGGAACCCGCUCCCGGUGGAAUCACGUAUCGUUUUAUCCCGUUAUCCGAUGUGAUCAUGUUACCGGUUUGUUCCAGUUUACUGUUGGAUCUCGUUCUCCGUUAGGUUCCUGUUCUUCGGUGGGAUGACGUUCCCAGUGGGAUUUUGUCCCCAGUAGGAUCAUGAGAGGUAUGUUUAGAGAAUAUCCCCGUGAAAGUCUAGUUAAUGAACUUAAAAUGUAUACGUUGUCCCAUUAAAAUCGGUUUAAAAAUGCCAUAGAUGUAGCUUUUUUUUUUUUACAUUAUCUGAAACUUUCUGGAAAAUUCUAGACCGGCCCAGAAUGGAUUGGAUUUUAUUAGUUUGAAAACCAGUAGACUAUGAAGGAUAUGUAUACCAAGCUACGCCUAUACUUCCCAAUUAACAUAGAACCUAUUCUUUUGUAUAAGCAUGUUCCUAUUUAUAUAUGUUAUUUAAGGAAAAAUGAAUCAGGGGCCCCUAAAGAAGAAUUGAUAUUUUGAAGUUAAAAUACUUUGGUAUUAGAAUAUGGAUAAUAAAGGGCCCAAACGGUAUGUAUUUUAAAGUUCCAAAACCCCCACGAGUUCCUUUUGGAUACUGAUGGAUACAUGUACCAAGUUUGGUUCCAUCAAUCCAUGUCAAAACAUAUGUGGAACAAACAAACCUACAAACCUAAAAACAAGCUACAGGAAGCACAAGGAAAUAAUGACGUCAGCGUCAAGAGCUGGUCAUGGGGCAACCACGCGGCAGAGUUGGUCCUUCGGGUGUGUGAAUGACCAAACACAGAAUUUAAGGUCCAGCACUUUUAUUUUCAGUGGGUGUGUAUAUGCUUGGGGUUACCCACAGCAGUGACACCUUAGCCUGUGUGUUCCUUAUUCCUAGAGUUGGCAACGCGCAACACCCACCCACACACACAAAUAGAUAUAUAUUUUAAAUUAUAUUUUUAAAUUAUAUUUUUAAAUUAUAUUUUUAAAUUAUAUUUUUAAAUUAUAUUUAAAAAAAAAUAAUAAUUUUCAGACUUUAACUUAGAUUCAAGCUCAGUGAAACAUUCAUUCAAAUUAUCGGAAGACGUUGAAAUUUGUUCAACAAAACUUGAUGUACGGAAUAUAUGGGCUGCUCUUAGCUAUAGGUAUGCUAUUGAAGAUUUUGUUUUUUUAAAAAGCCAGUAAAUAGUAUUUGCAAUUUUUAUUGAGUAAAGUUUACAUUUUAAUAUCAGAUUAUCAGAUAAUAAUAUUUUAAAUCCUGGAACUAUUAAAUCAAUAUUUUGAUUGAAAUAUUUUGAAUUAAUAGUAUUAAUAGAAUUGGGAUUUUAAAUUCAUGUAUAGUGUUUCUUUUAGUGCAUCGCUAUUAUAAUAAUUUUAAUGAUGAUCAUUGUUGGGUGGUCAAGUGUUCUAAACUGAGUGAAUCAAAAGCUCGUGGUCUAGAGUACGGUCACCAAAGACAACGCCAAGCAAAAACAUCACCAGCAGCCCAGGAAAGGACCCCUUAACCUUGGAUGGCAACUCAUCUAAGAGAAGGAAACUCUGAAAUAAAACCCGGAGGUGGGGUCCCGUAGACAGAUAACUUCUGAGAUAACAUUGACACAAUGAGACAAUCCGGCAACUCCUACGAAGUUCUUGGCACCAAGCUGUGUGCCGCCGGGAUAUCCAGUGGCGCGGAGUGAGACGAUUUGCUGUCUAAUUAACCGGCUUACACUCCUACAAGAACAACAAUCCCAGGUCUUCUGAUUUUGUCCUGCGAAGUCUACACCCUCCUUCCUCCCAUUGCAACGGAAGGAUGCCAGAAAAAAAAAUGUGCCAAACACAAGUCAAGACAAUGAUAAUAACCUCAUUGAAAAAUGUAAAAUUCGAAUUAAUGGGGUCAAAUAUUAACGUCAUUAUUUAAGGAUAAAUAAAAUGGAGACUUUGUUGCUAUAGUCAAAGCUUACGUUUCUCAUGAUUAUUUAUAACUUUUAAUUCAACGAUAAUUUUAUUUAAAUUUAAGCCAAUGUUCAUAAGACGUAUUUCAAUAAAUACUUUAUAACCUGUUUGUGUGCAGAUGCUGUGGGUACGAUGAGAAAGAUCACGUGUAUUGCAAAUACGUGUCAGCCAGCAAUUGGAUGAUAGCCCUUUUUUUCUUCAUCAUUUCAGUGACGGUUAUUCUGGCUCUUUAUUUCCCUGCGAUGAUUUUCAAACCUAACAGGUAUUCUUACUUGUGUGUGUCUAGACUUCUUGGCUCCCAUGAUAUAGAAUGAACUGAGCCUUUCAUUUAUACAAUGUUAAUAAUUUAAUAGCAACUUUGUAGUUUAGAACACACCUGGAAAUUUCUCUUGGCAAUGCAAAUAAUUAAAUAAGGCAUUCGAAGUUAUAUAAAACAAUACGUGACAUCUGAGCUCGUUUAUGUGUCAUAAGUUUCGUGCCGGCAUGUAAAACAAGUAAUUCUCACGUGUAGUUCUACGUUUGAAACACAAUGUUUACGUUAGUUUACAUAUUGCGUUUAUAUGCGACCUUUAAUAAAAAAUUAAUUUACAUUUCUUAUUAAAUAUAGUGGCAAUUCGUGUGUCUGUGUUAAGAAUAAGAGAAUUAUUCAGAUAUAGAUUUUCUGCCGUCUUUCUAUUUGUACUUAAAACAAAAAUAUACAACGAUUGUACUUUUAUGUGAGUGUUAGUCCAUCGACUCAACGGUAACCACUCUAUUCUAGUCAUUCGAGAGCUGACUCUGUAUGUGGGUGCUCCUUUGCAUGCUAAGAGCAUUCCUCGUGUAAAGCAAAGAGAUAGACUGAACGAGGGAAAGCAACGCCCUGGGCGAAGGCUGAGAUUUGCGCAUACUGUUUUAUCAACAAAUUAUACAUGCCAAAGGCACAGAGCUAAAUGAACACUUGACGAUAUUGUUACUCAGGACGGCUUCCCACUUCGCUCACAACUUCUCCACCCACCUCCCACUUUUUUAAAGCGGCCCUGGGAGGUAAUGUCUUGAACUCGACAGCAUCCGAUCUAUUUGCUACCUGCUACAUGGCGACAUAAAUGGACUGGCUGGGAACGAAGAAGAGCUAGCCAACCUGGUAAAGUGUCUCGAUAAGACCUCGUCGUCCUACGGCAUGCUAAUCAGUGCCGAAAAGACAAAACUGAUGACAAAUAACACCACAGGCAUCACCACUGAAAUUAAGGUCGGGGAGGAAAGACUAGAUACUGUAGGCCGCUUCAAAUUCCUAGGAGCAAUAGUCUCAGAAGAAGGCUCCAAGCCCGAACUAAUGUCCAGGAUUGCGCUGACUACGACAGCACUAAAGAGGCUCAAUAAAAUAUGGAAUGACAAAAAUAUAGCCCACAGCACAAGAAUCAGCAUGAUGCGCUCUUUAGUCCUCUCCAUUUUCCUGUAUGUCUGCGAAUUCCGGACAUUAACAGUCGAUCUUGAAAGGAAAAUGAAGGCGUUGGAGAUGAGAUGUUUCAGAAGUAUUUUUGGCAUCUGCUAUAGGAACCAUAUCUCCAAUGACACAGUGAAAGAAAGGGUUCGUCAGGCCAUUGGGGAGUACGAUGACUUACUGGUGACUGUGAAAAAACCCAAACUACAAUGGUACGGCCACGUAACAAGGAAACAUGGGCUUGCCAAAGAAAUAUUGCAGGGCACCACAAGACGAGGGAGAAGAAGAGGAAGACAAAGAAAAAGAUGGGAGGAUAACAUCAAAGAGUGGACAGGACUAACACUGGGCGAUGCUGUGCGUAGUGCAGAAGACAGAGACGAAUGGAGGAGGAUAGUUCACAUGUCAUCUGUAGCGCCCCAACGGUCCAUGAUGAUGAUGAUGACAUGGUGACAUUAACAUUUUUGUACCAAAGAGAGCCUAUAAGCAUGAUUCUUCACUGCUUACUUCAUUAAGUGUGACUUUAUUCAUAAACAUUUUUGUGUAUCUUUGAAUUGAAUAACUGACGCUCAAAACAAAUGAGAGCGAUUAUUUAAAAAUGAAUUUAAAAAAAAAAAUUAAUUAAAAAUUAUUAUGAUUCGUAUUUUAUAUUUCAAUUCUAUUCCAACAGUAAGGAUGAAUAUGAUUUUAUCCCAGCCAAAGGAAGUGAAAUAAAAUUUGUAAUGAAGGUAACAACAGAUGAAAACAUGUAAGUACUCGACACAUCAUCAAAAAAGUGUGGGGGAGGGGGGGGCGGGGAGAAUACUUUAACAAAACUAAAUCUUUAUUAGGUUACAAUAACAUUUUAAUCUCAUACACAAAAUUUUAAAAAAUAACGAGAGUAAAAAUCAGUAAGGGGAUACAAUUUAAUUUUUAAUUUCUUGAAAACUAGAAAAUAUGACCUGAUGUUGCCGGGAUAUUAAUGGAAGACCCAACUCCUAACAACCAAAUUUUUAACAAUAUAAUUUUGAAAAGUACGACAAUAUUUCAUGCCCUUGAAAUAUAUAUUUAUAAUAAUGCUAUUCAGACUUUUCUUAUUUUAAAAAGAAGUAUCAAAGUCUUAUGUUUACGCUUUUAAUAGAAUUUAGUUUUGAGAAAUAUGUAUCUGCAACAUAAUAUACAUCUACCCUACCCAUUUUCACGCCCCUAUAUACAAACGAUAAAAAAAAAUGUUGUUUUUUUUCUAAAAAUUAUAAAAACAUGUUCAUAAAUUUAAAAAAAAAAUAUUUAUCAUCUUUAUUGUAUUUUAAAUUAAGAAGUUGAUAUAUUGUUAUUUGCAAAAGAAAUGACCAAAUCUUCUCUUUUAUACCAUUGGAAAAUUGAAUAUUUUAAACUAAUUUGCACUUCUGUAAAAAGUUUUUUUUUUAAAUAUAAAUAUUAUGAAUCUUAUAAAAAAUAUAUACCCACCUUUCCAUGAACUGUAUUUUGCAAAGUGGAAAUAAAAAAAAUAUUUUUCUGAACAUUUGAACACACGAAUGUACUGUAGAGGAACAAAUGUGGAUCUAUUUUCUAGAUUACAUUUUCAUUGGUGUAAGUGAUUGGGUUUUGACAUAUUUUCAUCCUCAUAAAAAUGUAACCACUCUGUAUCAUUAGUUCGUAAGCAUAUUUUUGGGGAAAAUCAGAAAAUCUGUUGUUGUUUUUAUUUUUAUUGAGUAAUAAUACAGUAGAAUCCUGUUAUGUCGACGGCCUAGGGGUUGGCCAUAAAGCGUGGAGAUAACCGAUUAUCGAGAUAAAUGAAAACCAAUAUGGCGGCAAUAUAUUAACAUGGGCUUUCAAUUUCUUUAUGUACCGUACAUGAUUUACGUUAAUAAAUGAAGGUACUUCAGUAAAUAAAAUUAAUAAAACUAUUUUAAAUAUUACAGUUAUUUAGAGCAAAUUUCAAACAAAAAUAAUGAAACCAGAAUCAAAAUUUAGCUUUAGUAUUUUUGAGCCACUAAUUUUUAACGUCCGAGUUCGUUUGGUAUUUUCUGCUAUGGACCAAGCCUCCACACUGUGUGACCUCAUUCUUCUGAACGCGUCAUGCGCAAAGACUAUAUAGUUUAUAUAAGGCAACGCAUCCCAUCAUUACUAAAAUACUAUUCAGGGACUACUUAUUUUGAACUUUCAACUUUGGCACACGGCUAUUUAAUUAAAGCUUCCCUUGACCAAUGGUUUAAUAGUUUUUGCACACGGCAAACUCUUAUGAAUGAAACUCUGACGUAGUACCACGGCAUAGCCAUUAUGCGAGUGACCAUGAAUGGCUGCCCAUGACAACGUUUUGCACACAGCAGAUUAUGAUCAAUUAUAAUAUGGACUCUAAUUAACAAAUUCAAACCUCAAAAUAAAACAUAUUUAUUUAAAUUAAUUAUAGGUUAAUUCUAAAACAGAAGUCCUAUAUUUUGAGAAAAAAAAAAUUAUAUGCAAAACUUGUUUAUUUGUUGUUUGCUAUUUCUUCUAGCGGAGUUCAAAAGUCGGCGAUUGGUCAUGGGUUUCAAGAUAACCGAAGUUAGGUGGCAAAUUUGGCCCCUUUUGUGCUCGAGACAUUAGGGUUUGGGAACAUAAAAGAAUCGACAUAACGAUGAGAAAAUGCUAAGACAAAGAGAGAAUUUGGCGGUAUCACUUCCAAAAUCGUCGACUUAACAGGGUUGGUGAGUUAACCGAGGUCGAGAUAAGUGGGUUCAACUUAAUUUUGAGCCCUUGUUUCCUUGUCACGUGGCCAUACCAUUACAGUUUGCGCUUUUUUUACAGUCACAAUGAGGUCAUCGUACUGACCAAUGGCCAGACGAAUCAUUUCUUUCAUUUGAUCAAUGACGAUAUGGUCUUUCUAGCAGAUGCCAAGAAUGCUUCUGAAACAAAUCAUCUCCAUCGCCUUUAUUUUUCUUUCAAGUUCUGCUGUUAAUGUCCAGGACUCACAGGCAUACAAGAAAAUGGACAGGACUAAUGAGCGCAUCUGCCUGAUUUUGGUGCUGGUGGCUAUAUUUUUGUUGUUCCAUAUUUUAUUGAGACUCUUUAGUGCUGUUGUGGUCUGGGCAAUCAUGGACAUCAAUUCGGGGCUUGGAGCCCUCUUCCGAGACUAUUCCUCCUAUGUAUUUGAAACUGCCCACUGUCUCUAAUCUUUCCUCCCCGUUACUUGAGCUUGUUAUGAUGAUGUUAAAAGGAUUAUUACGGCGCCAUAGUUAGAAGACAGUUGGUAAUUAUUGGAAAUAUGUAAAAAUGGGGAUGCAUUUCGUGUCAAAAUAUCUUUCCUAUAGACAACAAUGUUCAGAUGUUAGAAAAACGAACCCAUGCUAUAGACAAUAAAACAGAUAGAUGUGUAAUUAAUUUGUUCAAAUUAAUGUAGACAUUUUAUAGUGAUGGUCUUAUCUUAAACAUAAUCUAAAUCUAAACAUAAGAUUGUUACAUUGAUAUAUAAUAAUGCUGGUAGGUGACGGUGAUCAAGGUAAUGACCGGUACUUGCACCCAUCAAUAACUAUCAGAUCUAAUAAUUAAAAGCGUCUUCUAUAAAAAAAGGACCACGUGUUUUUUAUAGUGAGUGAAACAUUUCACCAUGAUUUCACCAUGACUUCACCAUGAUUUCACCAUGAUUUCAUCAUGAUUUCACCAUGAUUUCACCAUGAUUUCACCAUGAUUUCACCAUGAUUUCACCAUGAUUUCACCAUGAUUUCACCAUGAUUUCACCAUGAUUUCACCAUGAUUUCACCAUGAUUUCACCAUGAUUUCACCAGUUCAAGGGCGUGGAAAAUAAGGGAGGGGCUGUACAUUAAAAAUAGAUUGUAUGUACUUGGAUGACGUCAUUUUUGUCAUAGCAAUAUAUCUAAGCAAAGAAAAUACUGACUUAAAUAUUGGUACUUAGAUAAUUUAAAUAAAAUUUUGAACUAAGUAUGUGACCCUUUUCUGCUUUAACAUAUAAAGAGUUAAUUUUUAAAUACUAUAUUUUAAAUAUUAUAUUUAGUAUCUUUUCCUGCAUUAAAAAAAAUAAAUAUUUUUAAAUAUACCCCAAUUAGUAUUGAACUAUUAAUUUCGUUAGGCUAUUUAGUUUAUGUUAUGUUAAAACUGGUGUCUGGACAUAUAAUGUAUAUUUAAUUUAGGCGCGUUCAAAAAGUUUGCGUUAGCAGCUUAGACGUGUUAAAAUUCAGGGGCUGAAUGUAUUAAAAAGAUAAUAAAAUAUUUGUAUGUUGGGAUGGGUAUAAACUAUCCCCCCCCCCAACAGCACAAAUUAAGCCAUCGUAUCGUUGGGCGUAUUUUAUAAGCAUAGUAAAAUCAAAUGUGUUACACACAGGUAAUUGGUACCAGUAAAUACGUAGUUUUAAAUCUAAUGAAAUAUUUUUAUUUUAGUUCAGAGGGGAGAAAAGGGGUAAGGUAGUCCUAUAGUAUAUGACAGAUAAAUAUUUCUCAAAUUAAGUGAUGUUAGUAACAUAAACAACUAUACAUCGAAACUUCUUUUUUAAAAGAAGAAUACCUGAUUUAAAAAGUUGUAAAGUACACCUUUCAAGUUCGUGGAAUAAUGUGGUACUUAAAAGAAUUUUUUUUUUCAUUUAUAUACAUACAAAUUUGUUAUUAGAAUGCGGUACUUCGCAAUAUCAGGUAGAAUGUAUCGCAUUCUCCAUUAUUUUCCCGGUAACAUCGGGUCAUAUAUUCUAGGAUAUACAUUAGACGUUCAGAUUUUCUCAACAAUCAUACCAAGAGAAAUGUUAAAGCUUUCUUUAAUAUUAAACAAUCAGAAUUGUUUUCAUAAACUCGUGACGUGUGCUAAAUCUGGAAGAUAAUUAGUUUAAAACAGAAAUGGAAUUUAAAUUUAAAAAAAAAAAAGAUCAUUUUCAUUUGAAAUUAUGAAGGUAUAAAAGUUAGAUAUCAUUGAGACAGUUUUUAAUUUGUAAUCAUAUAUAUAUAUAUAUGUGUGUGUGAGUGCGUGUGUGUUUGUUUGAGUGUGUUGUGUUAAGUAGUGAGAUAACACGAGCAUUACCUAUUUCUAUGCAUUUGUACGUCACAUAAAUGUAUCUUACAGUUUUUGGCUGCGCAUCAUAAAUAGAAUCUACCUUUCAUUUCCAGUAACGUUAAAACUAUCCCGAUAAUAAAACUGGAUACGCGUGAUGACAGAAUGAAACAGUUUCAGCAAGACAUAGAGCAAAAGCUGAGAGCGAGUAUGGACAGUCCACAGCCUUCCAACGGCCAAAAUACAAACGAAUGCCACAAUUUUGAAGUUUGUGUGAAGAGGGCGCGAGUCAAAAUUUCAAUGAAGAAGGUUUUCAUCAUGUACAGAACUACUUUCAGCUUAUUCAGAAAUGCACUUGAUUUUUAUUUUAAAAAUGAGGUAAGACAAUAAAAGAAAAAAAAUGAUCUAAUUUAAAAAAAAAAAUAAAAUAAUCUAAGAAAAAUUAGCAUGGAUACAGUUUAUUUUAAAUCGAAGAGUCACAUCGGGUUUUGUUGACAUUUUCGUAUACAAAAAUUAGCAAGAAAGAAAUGAUCAGCAUCUUUUGAUAUUACUAAUGUUUACAUUUUACUUGAAAUGACAUUAACCCUCUAUCAUUAGGGCAUAAAAGUUUCUCUUUUUUACAAGUGUGUAAUUAUAAAUUAUUUUAAUUUUUUUUCCCAUUAUAGAACCAUCAAGGAUGCUGUGAGAACAAGACAUGCUCUAAACUGUAUUUGGGCCUUAAGAGAUUCAUGAAGAUUAUAUUGAUUUUAUCUAUUCUAGCUAGUCCAAGCUAUCCACUUGCUAGAAUUUUGUGUACUGACGAACUAUGGUUCAGGAAAGUUGUGAGCGCCUACAGCCAACGAGGUUAUUCGGAAUCGGUAUACUUUCACUGGCGUGUACCCGCAAUAGCUGGGAUGUGGCUGACAGCGUUUUUUUAUUCCAUGUGCCUGCUUCAUGCCCUAAGUUUAUCCAUUUGCACUUACUCCAGCCACGAUACCGGGACGAUCUACACAAGCCUCUCUGACUUCAAGGAGAUCAAAAUCAGUAUCGCUCGCUCGAUGCGAAAAAAGUUAAAACGUCUCUUUCGCCUUGGACAAGGAAAGUUUUGCGUCUCUAUUUCACAGCGUGUCUUUAUUUUUUCUGCAGUCCUUUUCUCACCUAUUGCAUUCAUCAUUUAUUUCAUCUUAACAACUCCUUUGGGGCUGAUUGUCUGUACGUUCUUCCGCUUCUGUUGGUGCAGAUGUAAAACAUCAGCGGCAGGAAAAUGCAAUGACUGUAAGAUUUGCAAAUGUAUCAGAAUAGCCCAAUGGUUUACAUUCUGUUGGGUGGCCUUUGUCUUAAUUUGUGGAGUCAAUUAUUUAGUCAAUACCGUGGCCGUCCUUAUCAUCACAGCAAUAGUGAAUGGUUCUGCCAUUUACUCCAUAAUUCCAAUAACGAUCUUGUUGCUUGUGUACAUCCGUGAUUGCUUUCUUGAAGUGAAGACGCCUUACAACGUCUUUAUGAAGUCUCUUCUGAUGACAGACACAUGUAAACGUCUGUACUUUAACAGUGAGGACGCAAUACAACAAAAUUCUCAUCCAGGUGAGAGCUAUUGAUGUACUGUCUUUUUAAAUUUAUUGUUAAAUCUAUUAUAUUUCUUUAAAGAAGGGCUUCCCAAAGUGUCAGUCUAGAAACCUGAAAACAACAUAUAUUUCUCCCCCAUUUGUUUAUCGUUUAAAAGCCAGCAAUAAAAUGCCCUUUCGCACACAUUCACAAGGGACGAUAGUGCCUAAUAGAGAGCAUCGCAUUAUAAUAAUAAUAAUAAUAAUAAAUUUCAUUUCAAAAACACGCUUCAUCCCCAAAGGCUCGAAGCACGGUACAAAGUCAACAAAAAACAAAUCUAUAAUUUACCACACUUAAAACAAACGCAACACUACAAAAACUAAUUACAAGCAUACAAUCUCAAAGUCUUUCUAGCCAUUUCAACCCCAAGCAACACAGCCAUUAUGCAUUAACUGGAAAAUAAGGUAGACAAUCAUCCCAGAAGGUAUUUGCGAAAUAGAUGUGUCUUUAGAUUGGUUUUAAAGGACUCCAGUGUCUGGUUGUUUCUAAGAUCGACAGGAAGGGCGUUCCAAAUUGUUGGACCAGCAAAUGCGAAAGUGCGCUUUCCGUAAGUCUCAAGGCAAACACGUGGUGUCGAGAGUUUGCCACUAUCGGAUGAGCGGAGUUCUCUACUGGGUACAUAAGGCGUCAGCAGCUCUUUCAGAUAGGACGGCGCCAGGUCAUGUAAGCAGCAGUAGCACAAAGUUGCGAUCUUGUACUCUAUGCGAGCACGCACCGGCAGCCAAUGCAACUCUCUCAGAAGUGUUUUUGCAUGGUCGAAUUUGUGUUUGCUGAGAACUAUGCGAGCCGCAUUAUUCUGUGCUAUUUGAAUUUUAUCCAGGAGCGUAGCUGGAAGACCCACCAUGAGAGCAUUGCAAUAGUCCAUGCGUGAUAGCACAAAUGGUCGAAUCAGUUUGGUUUUUUUCUUGUUGUAAUUAAACACUCGAUGUGAAGCAUUCCUUACGACUUUAAUAUAUAUUAAAACCAUGAUAACUGCUAACUUUUUGUGUGUUAAAUGUAUAACUUCAAUAAUGCAAAUUUACAAUAUUGCAGCUAUAUGUUAAGAUAUUAAAAAGGCUUAUUUAAAAUGCAGACACCAAAAAUAAUUUCACUCGAAGCAAUUUGUAAAUUAUUUUUUUACUCUUUACUCUUUACACUCUACAAUAAACGAUUUUUAAACUACAGCUUUGAGAUAAGAUGAUCAUGAGAACACUUUCCCGGACCCAUCUUUUGGUCAUGUGGGAAGACAAUGUCAAAUUUGGUUGCCCUCCACUGUUUGUUUUUCUUGUGAUUAUCGAUCCUUAACAAAUACACAUAGUCACACUGAACUUUAUGCUUUAUCGAUACAUCUGAUCACGGAUAAUUAGUGAUUAGAUCAAAUAUGUAAGGUCCAACAAAAAAAGAAGUGAUCUAUGAAUUUGUCACAGAACGGUUGUUACGGAGGAGGGCUCCGGUCCUGACUUAUCACAAACUGUAUUGAUGUAGUAGUGUUGAGUACAGGACCGCUCCUCUCUGUGAUUUAUAUGGUGGGUGUCUAGGCGUUGAGACAGACAGAAGAACAACGUAGACUUGAACGAAAUCCAACAAAACAAACUCCAGGUGUCCAAUGAUAAAAUAGACUAUAUUUAUUACUCAAAUAAAAAUUUCUUCUAUAGCGUUCACUAACUGUCAGCCUUCUACGACUGUUCCUAAACUGUUAAACUAUAUCGUCGCCUAUGUUCCAACUAGCGAACUCGUUUCCUGAUCUCUUGCGACUAUUCCAUAACAGCUGCUCAAUUCUAUCGUAGCUGUUUUCUCUUUCCUCAUCAACUAAGCACUAUCAUGAAAAGUUCUGUCUUAUAUGUGAUUCUCUACCCCCAUAGGUGAUCCAGAAAUAAUAUCUGUAAACACACCCCUGACCCUAAUUUCCGGUCAAUUAGAACUUCCCGUUGUUAACCCAAAAGUUAUCAUGCCAGGUCAUGGAAAGAAACCCUCCCCUCUAUCUCCAAGAUGAGACAAUCUAUUUACCUUAAUUUUACCCCCAUAACAAUGGCGUCCCUAAACUAACAGCAGUUUCCGUCCAUCCAAUAAGUUAUCUUAACCACAACGGAGCUCUGUCCUGUACCCCCGCCCCAGUCAUUUGUGACAUAAUUUGAAGCCUGGUCCAUGGUGCAAUGGGAAACUUAUCCAUCGGAUCAUUAACUAAAAACAUUUUGUAAACACUGCUUUUUCAUAAAUCUAUGUAUUGGCAUAUUUAUUGGCAUAUCCUAGUGUCUCAUUUUUAUUUUACUUAGUUUACAUGUUUUUAAUAAUUGUAAAGCGCUUAGAGCUUUUUGGUAAGCGCUAUAUAAAAAUGCCUAAAUAAAUAAACAUUAGAACAUAUGUUUUACAAUUAUACUUUAUUCAGUAAAAUAUUCAUUCUUAAACUUUGACGACCUUUAGAGGGGGAAAAGGCUGAAUGUGUUUUUUCUUAAAUUAUAUUUUCAUUCAAUAAAGAAUGUUUUAGAGCAUUGUAAGGAAAUCCACCUUAUCUCAACUCGUUUCUUAUUUAUGUGGAUGGUAACCUCUUUCUCUCUGUCUCUCUUACUACAACACUCAGGUAAAACGACACAUUGAUUGAUAGCCCUCCACUUUAUUUGCUCUGGUCAACAAUCAAGGCCUUGGAACCCUGCUCUGACUGUCCCGAGUUACUGUCUUCUCAUGUCUAACCUUCUACUCCUGCCUGUGGACUGUCCGGCUCGCCCUCCGUCCGGCUUAACUCUCCCCUGCUUCGCUCUGCUCGACACUCCACCUCCAGUCUAACAAUCUCCUCUUAUAGGUCCACGAGCCGACCGAAGUGUCUCUAGAGAUUACUUCCCGUUCUAUUCUAAUGCCUAAUUAUUUUAGUGCCACCGUCAUGUUCAUGCUUGGUGGUCAGUGUUGGUACUGUGUGUUUUCCCUCUCACAUCUGCCCGAUGAGCUCCCCUGCCCUCGAACGUCUUGAUUUAUCCUAGUGUCCUGUCAAACGCAUGCUUUUCUUGGUCCGUGGCAUCUGCCGCAAUCUUAUGCGCGUGUGAUUCGCCAGUCUCCGAACGUGGGUUUUAUCGAACGGAAAUUUGGUCGAAUCUUUUUUCAGAUCACACGUUGAAAUUUUUAUCAAAUUUCUGUUUGAACGCACCGUACUAUAUAGUAAAACAAAAUAAUGCGCUCAAAAAGAAAUUUGAAGCCAAAUUGUAACGUAAAAACUGAAAAAAGAUUUGACCAAAUUUCCGUUCGAUCAUAUGACCGUCGAUCAAUUUACCGUCGACGAAACUUCUUUCGAUCAAAUUUCCGGAUACGGUUUACUGCACUCAAAGUUAAUGACGCCACUGGUUAGAUUUACUUGUCCCAGCAUGUUGAAUAUUCAUUUUUUAUGUACAAUUUCAUCGACUUGACUCAUGCAUUUGGGUUUUUCAUUCGCUAAUUUGGCUCUUGCGGCAUUGAACUGAAGCUGAGAAGUUGUAAUAUUUAUAUAUAUAUAUAUAUAUAUAUAUAUAUUACUCUCGUGUAUAUAUAUAUGCAAGAGAUUAGCCUGUCUGCUUUGCAAUGUCCCACACAGAAAUGUUACACACUGGCUUCUAAUAUGAGCAAUUAAUCUCCUAUUUUACUUUUAAUUGGCUCGUUGUAAACAGUAUCUAACAAGGGACGAUACCAUAGAGUCAACAAUAUUAAAGAUACGACACCCAAAACAGUUUCUAGUUACAAUUAAUAAGAUUUAUUAAGUCUUAAUAUAAUAACAAAAGAAAAGAAAAUAUGAUGAAAAUCUUCAACUUAAAGUAUGGUAGAUCUUGUACCGGUACACAGUUAACACAGUUCGUAUAAUGUGCCAAUGAAUAAUGAUGAAAUACGAAAUAAACACAUAUAUAAGAACACAAAGAUCAAUACACUUCUCGUGAAGUUAAUAAUACCUAUCGUAAUCUCCGUCUGACUCUCUCUCUUUCUCUAUCAAUCCCUUAUAUAGGUGGGUCUACCGACGCGUAAGCCCUGCCUUCCAGCAGCUACUCAGCAUUUGUUUACAUUGCUAGAACAAUCGCAAACAUUCUAUAAAAUACUAGGAGGCAGUCCAUCAAGGUUUAAUUGGACAGGCGGUAGUCAACAAUAUACAUCAAACGAAUAGGCCACGCCCACAACACACGCUAACGUCUGCUAGGGAUCUAAUUUGGGUCAAGCAAAAUUCAAGCACGGGGAAAUAGUGUAAAAUGUUAUACAUAACAGAAAGAAAUUGUUUGUGUUUUAAUUAUGCUUUUGAAGUACUCUUUUUAGAGACAAUACUUUUUGUUUUUUCGUCUGAUGCUUACAGGAAUACGUUAGAAGGGUUUUCGUCACGUAAACAGCUCACGUACAUUCUGUCCAUGUAAGAAGCAUGGAUUUUCAAAAUUUAGUCCACACACUUGUAACGAUUGAUCCACCCAUGCAACAGAUCUGUCUGAAAUUAUAUUUAUAGAGCUCCAAGUACCUUGAAAAAAUAAUUUUGAGCCCCUGGCCCCAAACGGAAUAUUGUUAAAUGGUCGGACUAAUUUAGAAACCUUUGAGGGCGUACCAAGCACAACUCACCAAAGUUUCAUCGCAUUCGAAUGAAUAUUGUAAGAGCGUACACGGGACAUUCAUAGUGAAAUUCAUUCGUUUAUAUAUAACUAUGCCGCGUAAUGAACAUUUUUUUCAUUAUAAAAUUUAAGUUAGGUAUGUUACUAAUUAUUAGCGCCAAUGCUAUAAUGAAAAUAAUGAUAGGUUGGGGUGGGUGGCACAAUUUUAGGGGGUUCGUCCAAGGUUGUAUAUAUUCAAUGUUUCCCACUGUAUUAUUUAGAGACAGUAACUUUGCCUUAACUUUCACCAGGCACCGCAUUAAAAGAGAAGAAGUCUACAACUUGCCUCUUGAAAUGGUGUGAAGAAAGAAAGGAUCCACUGUUUGAAGUCCGGAAAAACAAGUUGCGUGUUAAGCUCAAACACCCGUUUGUUUACUUGAAAGAAAAAACAAUGUCCAUGAAGUUUUUUCUUCACUGCGCCACGAUGAAGUGCAUGGGAGCUCCGGGAACUUUGUGGAACAAUUAUGAAAAAGUGAGUGGGUAUUUUGUUAAUUGAUCAUUAUUGAAAAUUGAAAUUUUCACUUUAAAAUAUUUAAAGUAUAAUUUUUUGUUUUGGUGAAAGUACUGACCUAGAGUGUUAAGGCAAUAAAAGAAUGUUUUUUUUUAACUUGAUGAACUUAAUGUCUUGGCUUUCUUUUGUUCCGACUCCCCCCCCCCUCCCAAACCCGGAAUUUUCUGAUUAAAAAUAUCUUUAAGAUUUUUUCUUCUUUUUCACCAAAAUAUCAAAGCUGAUUUAAUGUUGCAAUUUGACAACUGUCGAUAAGUUAGCGAUGAUUAACUAAGCUGAUCGUCAUCUUGACACAGAUCUACACGAUUUCCCUAAACAUCCCCUUCCUCGUCAUCAAGGAAAAUCCAGAAACACCAAGCUUUUUCCUUUAAAAGCUUUCAACGAUUGAAGUCACAAACACUGUGCACAUUAAAAAAAAAAUCCUUUAUAUUAACCUCGCUUUUGUUUUUUGCUGGCUGACUGGCUUGCUGGGUAGCAAAAACAUCGGACGGCUAAUUGACCCACCUCCCGUCAAGCUAUCGAGCUGAAACUUGGCACAUAGAAUCGUUGCCGAUUACAACACAUUCUUUCAAAAUUUAGCCCCAACCCCCAAAAUUCCUUUUUUUCUCCAUUUUCAAAGGGCAAGAAUAAAAGGAAAUUCCCGACAACUCUGCUAAAUGAGAUUAUUUAAAAAUAUAUCGCAAGUGCUUUUGGUGCGUAAUAUUUUCCUUUUUUUCCCCUUGAAUUCGUGUAAAAUUAGUAUGCGGUGUACAAGUGGUGGGUCAUUACAAUAUUCAAAUAGUUGAGGGACGUGAACAACAUGUGCUGUUACGAGGUUUGGGGGUGGGGGGACUAAUUGGGAUUCUAAGAAAGUGCGUUACAGUAAUUAAUUUGAAAAAAAUUGUUAAGCUCACCCUUCAAUUGCUCAGUAUUACAGUUUAUGAAGGAUUUAUUCCCAAAAAAUGAUUUUGGAGUUCUUUCAUUCCUAGUAUUUCAUGCCUCUUUUUAUAGUCUGUGAAAUCCUCCUCAAUGAUAUUUCCUCAAUAUCGUUGACAUUAAUUUCAUACCUAAGAAUUAAAAAAAAAACCCAGCUUUUCGAUUUAAAAGCGAUCAAAUGUUAAAAUAAAUGACUGUUGCUUACAGGCUGGGAUUCGAUUCCUUAAGAUUGGAUUAUUCAUCAUCUUUGUUUUCCUUGUCGUCAUGGCAUAUGGAUACGUCAGCUACAUUUCUCCAUUGAAUCAAGUUUUCAUAACGUUUGUAGCGGGACUCCUACCUCUCCUCAUCAGCAAGUUUUCUAGCAGCGAUAAAAACAAUGUUCACAUUGAUAGUUCGGACCAAAUGUAAGUUUUUCCCCCUUUUAAAAACGUUAGUCUAAAUAUUUCAAUACUUCAAUGCAACUAUACAAUAAUGUUUACUCAUUGUAAUGAAAUUUUGAAUGUACAGGAAGAUAGAUUUAACAUAAUUUUUCCAUUCUUAUUUUAUUACCAGUUUUCUUAAAGAAUUCAAGGAGAAGAUCGAAUCUUUCAGUCAGAAAUUUGUCUUAGAAGAUUUUAUUGAUGCAGAAAUGACAGCGCUUAAGGAUGAACCUGAAAAAUUAGAUCUUAUAUUAAUUUCAAGUAAUGCAGCGAAAGAAACAAUCACUUCUACGCCCACUGCUUCACCAGAAGAAUUUCAGCGACAGCAGUCGCGUGAAACUUGUGGUAUCCAUUUUUGUAACAUUUAUAAAAAUUAAGUUAAUUAACGAAUAUCCCAUUGUUACGUACUGUUAUCAGUAUGGAGAAAUUAAUCUCUUAUUUAAGUAUAUGGCUCGUUCCACAACAGCACAUAACACAAGACGAUACCAAGUGAUAAAUACAAUAACAAAUAAUACGAUACUCAAACCAGGACUAAUUACAAUUAAUAAAUGGUAUCAUGUUAAUUAUAAUGAAUUACAAAAUCAAAAAAAAUAUAAUUAAAAUCAUUGACUUAGAGAAUCCUUUUUUUUUUUUACUUGUACGGGACAAGGGAAAGGAAAACACAAUGUGCAAAAAAAAAGGUGCAAUGACCAAUAGGAAUCUACACUUGUGCAGUAAACAAAGCUCUAUAACAAGAAUAACACACUCUUACAAAUCUCUCGUCUGGUGUCUGCCGUCCAAUGUCGUUUUAUUUAGUCAUUUUCAUAGAUUUCUCGAGAAGGUGCACACAUUGUAAUCGUCUCUCACACAUUCCACAUGUUCUUACAAGGUUCUUAGAAUAAAUAGCUUAUUAAAUGUAGCCAAUUGGAGCCGAAGUCAAAGGGAGACUAUAAUUAGUAAGCCACACCUAAAUAGUAGCGCAAUGCAGCCGAAUGGGGUCAGUUAAGUACACAACGCUGGGAUACAUGACGUAAACACGUAGUCUACAUAACACUAUAUUUAGUGGUUUUUACAUUUGAUGUCACUAGAAAUAACACGCAAACAUGGGAUGACAUCAAUGUGUGAGCUUCCCUAAAGAUAAUUGACAAAACUUACAUUCAAAGUAACGCAAUUUUAACAACCCCAAAUAGUGUUACCUUCUGUGAAUUUUAUUUUGCGCUGAUUUGGAACAAAGAGUUACAGCCUUACUACACAUGCAAUUUCAACUUCACCACACCCUUUCUAUCUCUCUCACUAUGCAUUUUAAAAAAGUUUUAAUAUUGUUUUAUCUAUUUAUUUCUUUGUCAGAAAGUAACCAAGCCACGAGUGAUACAGACCGUACAGUAAUUAAAGUACAGAGUAAAGAUGAUGUGACAUGGAGUCGCGUUGAAAAAAAAGGGAACCCAAUCUUAUAGGCUAAAAAUGAUUUAAGAUAUCUAAAGUAACAACUCUUAGUGGCGUAGAAGACUUUGUGCCUGUGUGUAGUGUUUCUUUCAGACGAUUUCCACA